AAAGGCAGGACCCUUAGGGUGAAGGGUGGGCUUGGAACCCCCGCCAAGGGACUCGAGGGUCUGUGCCUGCAAUUUGCAGUUAAUGAUGCUGUCCGCUCUCCUCCAAAGGGCAGCCCGCCUGCCCUCUCAUCAGACUACAUCCUGUGUUAGAUUUUAUCAACGCAGUCAGCACUGCCCCCCUUCACCACCGGCGUCCCCAAUGGAAUCCCAGGGUCAGGAAUGCGCAGCAGGCAGUCGGCACAGCAGCAAGCGCACCUCGGGCCAUAUAAAGCAGGGAGAACCCAGGGGCCAUGUCUCCUGGACGAGGACCCAGAGCAGCUCUGCCCAGCCCAGCCCCGGAGCCCAGCGAUCCACCAGCCAGCCCUCCUGGGAGCAGUCCCAGCCACACGAUGGUACGGCCUUACCCCCUGGUCUACCUCCUCUUCCUGCCGCUGGGCACCUGCUUUCCUCUACUGGACAGAAGAGAGCCCACAAACAACACGGGUGGCCUCGGAGCCGGAGAAUGCUGGGCUGACCUGGCCACGGGGCCCCGACCCCACUCUGUAUGGGGCUCCUCUCGGUGGCUGAGAGCUUCACAGCCACAGGCCCUGCUUGUCAUAGCCAGGGGGCUGCAGACUUCGGGCAGAGAGCAUGCUGGCUGCAGAUUCCGCUUCGGGAGGCAGGACGAAGGCAGUGAGGCCACCGGCUUCCUCCCUGCUGCGGGGGAGAAGGCCAGCGGCCCGUUACGGAACCUGGCUGAGGAGCUCAAUGGUUACAGCAGGAAGAAAGGCGGCUUCAGCUUCCGCUUCGGUCGGCGGUGAAGGGCCAGACGCCUUGGAAGGAUUUGCUUCUUGGACUCACCCCCAUUGUCUUCACUCCUGCCUUCUCCCCCAGUCUCAAAGACCACGACACCCAGAUGAUGUAGGCAUGGUUACGAUCAAUGAUCCACGGUAGGACAGGUUAGGUGUGUGCUUACUUUUGAUUUCCAACUGCUGAAGCAAAAAACUAGGCAGUGUCAAAAAGGAGGCUGUCUUGGAGCCUCGGUCGUCCCAGCCUCUCUCUUCCCCUGGGGCUCUGACUCCGAGCAGCCCCCAGGCCCCAGCAGCACGGAGCUGAGGCUGUGGCUGGGCCAUGAGUGUGAAUAGCAGAGCGAGGCAGCAGGCUGAGUGCUUAUAGUUGGGUAAUCAAAGUUGUGACAGUCUCUAUAGAGACGACUGCGGGUGACAUCAGAGUGCAAAUGAGUGCAUUCCACUGGGUACAGAGGAUAGUUCUGAAAGUUAAAAAUGGGAAAAAAGAACCCGAUCCCCUUCUCCAUGCUAUGAGCACAAGAUCCCCCUGGCAAGAAGCCCCUGCUGUGGUUUGCCUCUCCCUCUGACCGCAGCCCUUCUCCGCGGCCCAGUGUUAGCCUGGCCAGGAGUCUCCUGGGAGAUGCAUUGGGAAGGAAUCCGUUUUUGCUAUAGCAAGGUUGCAUUUCACAUGUUCAAAAUCAGAGUAUGUCGUGUGUACCUUUUCAAAUAAAAGUUGUGACAACUGCAAAACCAUACUGGAAUGCUGGCUUCUCCCAUAGUCUGAGUUCUGGGUGCCUUGCCUUUAGGGAGAUGGAGCUCCUGUUGACUGGACCCAAACACCCCUCCUCUAGAUCCCCGUAACUGGCAGUCGGUCAAAGGGGCUGAGGAACACAGUACAUGUGCUUUUCACUUCCACUCGGCUGCUCCUUCCCAGGUUUCCUAAGAGCAAGGAACAUUCGGAAAACAACUCCUCUGCCCCGGGGAGAGCCCACGCUCAGCCGGGAGUGGCUGCAGGCCUGGGGCCAGGCAAAGCAUCCAUUUCAAACGUGCCUUUGGUGUCUCCUGCAUCCCAUCCCGUGUCAGAGGCGGCGGUCGGAUGCUGCUCACUACUGGGCUGGCUUCCGCUGCUGAGAUGAGAACUUACAUUGAUGUUACUAUGGCAACCCCUCCCCUCCUCCUCUAGAGCUGCAGCUUGCCCCUGUUCACAAUUGAAUAAUUUCCCAUUGAGCUGUCACAAUUAAUUGGUGGAUUUUUAUUAGCCUUUUAGAACCACACUGGGCUGGGCCCAGCUUGGCACCUUGGAGUAUUUCACAGUGUUUUCCAUGCUAUUAGUGACUUAUACUCCUCAGUAGCAGCUCUCAAUCCUUGGCAGCCAGAAAGCCACUUCAUUAAGGGGUGACAGAUCUGAGCCACAAAGAACCAACCUGACUGGGGAGCAGAAUGGGUGCUGAGAUGGGAGAGAACACUGGAGUCAGAACAUCACCCAGUAUGAAAGCAGCCGCCUUCUCCAGGAGCUCCUCACCGCUUCCCCACCGCUUCCCACACAGAAACUAGCCCCCCAGGCUUGGUGCAUGUGCCCUGAGUCUUAGGGCUGCUGUGAUGGGGACAAGACAAUGAUUCCUGAGGCUGGUGGGGGUCGGGGGGGGCACAUUGUUCUCUUGGGCUCUGCCACUGUCUGAGGACGGAGCGGUUCAGGAUGCCUCCUGCAAAGGGAUGUCAUCACCGCUUGCUAACACGACACUGAUGGGGACGGACACAUCCCCGGGGUCCUUGCUGUAAGGAUGGCCCUGGCACAGGGUGAACGGACAGAUUCAUUCACCGCAGGUGUGCUCACGCACCCCAUUCUGCUUGGCUCAAGGGAGGGGGAGCCACUAAGCUAGAUCUAUCCCUCCCUUGGCUCAUUCACGCAAAGCAGCCAGAGAUGUGCUCGCCAGAGACCGGGUGAAACACAGCAGGCUGAAGGCAAAGGGACGCCCUGACGCAAGGUCCCCUGGCCACUCGUCACUUGCCAACUUCUGCACCCUGAGCAAGGAGCCACCCACGGCCAGUACUUUAUAGAGAACACCAAGGCUGAGCCAUCCUGCACUUUCCACAGGCUCUUUGGGGAUGCACUGGCUGGUUGUUAAUUUAGCAGGAUUAGAUUAACCUUGAUGGAGAAACCUGAGAUAAAGAACACGGGGGUGGGGGAUGCCUUCAAAGCAGUGGAUAUGCUGUCAUUAUGCUUUUAUCAUUUUAAAAAACCCAACAAAGCUAUUCUUUCCAGUUUGCUUGUACACUUGAGCUCAAUAGCCCUGAAAAUCCGAACAAUCAAGCUGCUAAGGGCACUGCUGUCAAAUCAACUCCCGCUGGGCUUGGCUAAGCCUCCUCUUUAAUCCCGUGCCCCUCUGCCAAGCCCACCGUGUCUGUCAAGGUCUUUGGGCCUCUCAUGCCACCCCAGCGCCCCCUCGGCCCUCGGAGGGGCUCUCUCCUCCACAGGUAAGAUUACCCCUCUCCAGGAGGGUGAAGGUGAGACUCCAGAAAACAUUUAUUUUGGAAUCAGAGAGAUGAAGCUCCCCUGAGCGGUGCUGGCUCACUCCGCCUGGCCCGGCAGUUCCAACUCCUCCAGCCCAGAGCACUUGCAAGCUGCCAGCAUCUGCUCGUUACAUUUAUCCAAGACACAAGGCGGUCUUCAUCUUGGUGUGUAGAUCUAAAGGUAUUUAGCUAUCAAGAUGAAUGGAAAAUAUUUGUCUUUUCCUGUAUGUUUGAAAUAUUAAUAAAAAUAUUUAAGAAAA